AGCUGACAGACAGCGACUCCCUGACAGGAAUGUCACUUCAUAUGGAACUUCAGAUUUACAGAGGAUUCACUUUUUAGAAGUUGGACAAAUCUGUAGAUGAGACUCUGUGGGCCCUCUCUCUCUGCUGUGUUCCCUGGAGCCCUCUUCCCAUGCAGGAACCAGAAAUGGGCAGCAGUGAGCCCCUUCCAAUUGCAGCAAAUGACAAGAGGAGGAAGAAGAAGCGGAAAGCCCGGGCUACUGACUCCUUGCCAGGAAAAUUUGAAGAUACGUACAAGCUGACCUCUGAAUUACUUGGAGAGGGAGCCUAUGCCAAAGUUCAAGGUGCCGUGAGCCUGCAGAAUGGCAAAGAGUAUGCUGUCAAAAUCAUUGAAAAACAAGCGGGCCAUAGUCGGAGCAGAGUAUUUCGAGAGGUGGAGACACUUUACCAGUGUCAAGGAAAUGAGAACAUUUUGGAGCUGAUUGAGUUCUUUGAAGAUGACACACGCUUUUACUUAGUCUUUGAGAAACUGCAAGGAGGUUCCAUCCUAGCCCACAUCCAGAAGCGGAAACACUUCAAUGAGCGUGAAGCCAGCCGAGUAGUGAGGGAUGUUGCCAAUGCCCUUGACUUUCUCCACACCAAAGGCAUUGCUCAUCGUGAUCUGAAGCCAGAAAAUAUACUAUGUGAAUCUCCAGAAAAGGUAUCUCCAGUGAAAAUCUGUGACUUUGACCUGGGCAGUGGCAUGAAACUGAACAAUUCCUGCACCCCCAUAACCACACCAGAGCUGACUACACCUUGCGGUUCUGCAGAAUACAUGGCACCGGAGGUGGUGGAGGUCUUCAGGGAUGAGGCCACUUUCUAUGACAAGCGCUGUGACCUGUGGAGUUUGGGCGUGGUCCUCUACAUCAUGCUGAGUGGCUACCCUCCCUUCGUAGGUCACUGCGGGGCUGACUGUGGCUGGGACAGGGGCGAAGUCUGCAGGGUGUGCCAGAACAAGCUGUUUGAAAGCAUCCAGGAAGGCAAGUACGAGUUUCCUGACAAGGACUGGGCACACAUCUCCCAAGAAGCCAAAGACCUCAUCUCCAGACUUCUGGUUCGAGAUGCAAAGCAGAGACUGAGUGCCUCCCAGGUUCUACAGCACCCAUGGGUGCAGGGGCAAGCUCCAGAAAAGGGACUCCCCACGCCGCAAGUCCUCCAGAGAAAUAGCAGCACCAUGGACCUCACACUCUUCGCAGCCGAGGCCAUUGCCCUGAACCGCCAGCUGUCUCAGCACGAGGAGAGUGAACUGGCCGAGGAGUCAGCGGCACUGGCUGAGGGUCUGUGCUCUGUGAAGCUCUCCCCACCAGCCAAGUCUCGCCUGGCCCGGCGGAGGGCCCUCGCCCAGGCAGGCCGCAGUGGAGACACAGCCCCGUGCCCGGCACCCACAGCAUUCUGACCCCCUUCCAUCAUGCUUCCGGCCCUGAGCUUGUCAGGAGUGAUCCCUCCGGAAAGCCAAGUGGCCUACGUGUGCCAAGCAGGGAAAAGGACCUGCACACAGGACUUUUCUGCCACAAAGGCCCUGCAGUUCCCACCCAAACCCCCAUUUCCCAGGAGUCCUCAAGGAAAAAGCAUUUUCCAAAGGGGUUGUCUUUAUAAAGGAAAGCAAUCACUUGUCACUUUGCAUAAUCGCCUACGGCAGGGACAUCUCUUUGCUGGGCUGCUGCCCACCUGCUCACCCGCCUGCCUGCGAAUCUGGGAUCCUGCCCGAGCUCACCGCAGCCGCGUGGCAGCUGGGGCUGCAGCCUUCGGGGAACCAAGCUCAAGAAGCAUCCGCUGACAGAGGCCGCUUCUCCUCUCCGCACUGUCACCCGCCUCUAGCAGUUCUUCCACCUUCCUCUGUCCUCCGGAUGUCCUCCCCGUUGGCUGAGCCAAGUCAGCCCUUCAAUUCAGGGACAAGCAGGGCGCCCGCUGCAUUCCUGACGCCAGCUCAGUCUUCCAGGCUACAGCACAGAGACGCACAUAAUCUUUCUUUGCCAUGACCGAAAUGUGUCCCUCAUUUAUCAUCCUCUCCGUUGUUUGGGAUUGCUGCUACAAUCAGUAUUAUUCCUUUUUUAAAAAUGUUUUAUUUUUUGACCAGACUCUUCCAGCCAAGAUGGGGCUUUAAACUCCCACUGUGAGCCCACAGACUUUUCCAAGCGUGAAACAACUCACUCUCCUUUCUCAAAUGUUUGUGUACAGGGGUUUUAACUAGUUAAUUGAAUUUUAUCUGGUGGACCCAGAGCAUCACUCGCUUGAUGCACAUGCUCUACCAUGCCACUGAGCUGCAUCCCAGCCCCUCGGGUAUUCGGGCCCUAAUGAAGUGCUUCCAUUAUCACACAUUUUAAUGAGGUGCUUGUUAUUUUAAGCAGUUAGUAUCAUGGGCCACUUGGCGUGUGUGCUAUGCCCCUGCUGCCUGUGUAGAGGGCAGCACUGGCCACGCAGUCUGAUCAGAGGUGGCCCCAGGCUGUGCUGCAACACAUCCGAGCAGAUCCAUGGUGCCGAGCGACCACAGAUCCAAGAAAAAGCAAUUUUGCACAUGCCGGACAUUUAUAGUAUAUCUCUGUGCUAUUCUAAAAUGUGCUUAUUUUAAUAAAC